GCUCAGUUCUCUGUCUCACAAUUUCGCGCGCUCUCGUUUUUGCCAAUUUUUGGAGUGCUAUCCACAUCGAGCAGCCGCCGAGUUCCAACUGUGCUCAAGCCGUCCUGGAGAAGCGAACAUGGCGAAAGAUCGAUUGGCCGAGUUGCGCGAGUUCGCAAGUCACGCAGAGCAAAGUACCAACACCACUCCUGCCGGGCCAAAUGCACCAGCACCGUCGCCGCCACUUGCAUCUCAGCAGCCAAUCCCAGCGACCGGAGUCACUGCCACGGCGCCAAAUCCCAGUCAACCCCCAGCUCCGCCAACUGGUCGCGCCGCUCGUGUGCUAGCGCAAAUCAAAAGCAAGCUUCUGCCGCAAAAGCCCGAGGAUGCACCUCCUCCUAUCUUGAUGCAGAAUCUACUGACCGACGAGGAGGAGAUCAUGAAUGACUUUAUGGCUCGGACCAAUCUCGUGCGGGCCAGCAUAGCCCGAAUCGACGCCGCGGUUGAUCGUCUACAGCAAGAUCAAGACGCGUCCCUGGCGAGUGUCAAUCAUGAGAUCACCCUGAAUCUUCGACAGAGCAUCGACCGAACUACUAGCGCCAUUCAGCUGCAUUCUUCUGACACCAGGACACAGUUGAAAGAAUUGAGCACUUUCAAGUCCCAUCCCAGUCUCAAUGAAGCGCGCCGGAAGAUUGUGAACAAUCAGCGCUCGUUGCUGCUGCAAAAGUUCAUGGAGAGUCUCACCAGGUUCCAGGAAUCGCAAGUGCGACACAAGAAAAUGUAUCGCGAUCGCAUCCAGCGACAAAUGCUGAUUGUCAAACCUGAUGCAUCUCCCGAAGAAGUGGAUGCCGUUGCGAACGAUUUGAACGAACCGCCUGCGCUCUUCCAGCAACAGCUCACCGACGAGUUCAAAGACACGCGGGAGGCGCUUGUUGACAUUCAAGACCGCCAUCGCGAAAUCGAGCGUCUGGAGCGCAGUAUGCUGGAACUCACGGGGCUUUUUGCCGAUCUUGCAGUUCUGGUGGAAGAGCAAGGGCAGGCGUUGGACUCGAUCGAACUCAACAUGGCACAAACCGAAGCGGCCGUGUCUCAAGCAACAACCGAGCUUCGAACGGCUCGGCGCAUCCAACGCAAAAUUCGCACCAAACAAAUCAUCAUUGGAAUCAUCAUCCUGUGCAUCAUUGCCGCGAUUGUGAUUCCCAUCGUGUUGACAGCGACUUGAGUUUGCUCAAAAGCACCGAAUCAACAAUAAAUAAACACUGAGUGGUUCAUCCUUCUCAUUUGACAAUG